AUGGCGCCAAUAAAUGCGGAUGUUAAUGGGAGGCAGGCCUAUGUGCCUGUGAAGGAAUCACUACCUGAAGUUGAAACAGAAAAUGGAAAAUCCGCUAACGGAUAUUCAUAUGAAACUUUAUUGGAAACCGCAAACUUUUUGCUGUCGCGGACUUCGAUACGACCUCGUAUUGGCGUCAUUUGCGGCUCUGGGAUGGGUUCGUAUUGGAAAGAGGGUUCACUAGCCGAGAGUAUAGAGGAUGCCGAUUGCGUACCCUAUGAAGAUAUCCCCAACUUCCCAGUCAGUACAGUUGAAGGACAUCACGGAAAACUGGUGUUUGGCAAACUGGAAGGUGUGCCAGUUGUUGCUAUGCAAGGCCGAUUCCAUUAUUACGAAGGAUAUCCACUAUGGAAGUGCUGUCUACCAGUAAGAGUAAUGAAAUUACUUGGAGUAGAAACUCUAAUAGCUACAAACGCUGCCGGUGGACUCAAUCCGAGUUACAAGAUAGGUGAUAUAAUGAUCGUGAGGGAUCAUAUCAAUAUGAUGGGCUUCGCAGGCAACAACCCGUUACACGGACCAAACGACGAGAGAUUCGGACCUAGAUUUCCACCGAUGAACAAAGCUUACAAACUAGAAUACAGAAAGAUUGCAAAGGAUGUGGCAAAAGAGCUGAAUAUAGAAAACAUUGUCCGGGAAGGCGUAUAUACGUGCCUUGGCGGUCCGAACUUCGAGACGGUCGCAGAGUUGAAUAUGCUCAAAAUGGUUGGAGUUGAUGCUGUUGGAAUGUCCACGGUGCAUGAGGUAAUCACCGCUCGGCAUUGCGACAUGAACGUAUUCGCUCUGUCCCUCAUAACCAACGAGUGUGUCACCAGCUACGAUGAUGCCGAAGCGAAUCAUGAAGAAGUCCUCGACGUGGGUAGAAUGAGGCAGGAUAUAUUGAAGAAGUUCGUUUCGAGACUAGUACACAGAUUCGCCAAAGAAACGAUCUCACCGUGA